GCCCCGGCCAGCCCAGCCCAGCCCACGUUGCUGCGAGAUUGAAAUGCAGAACUUAAGUCUCCUGUCUCAGGAAAGUGACUUCCUCGGGGUUCCUUUCCUUGACACCGUCGCCGGCUCGCGUGGUGGAAAUCGGAGGCAGCCGCCGGGGCCUCCUCCUCCUCCAGCGCGCACUGCGCCAGGCCGGCCAAGGCGCACUCGGUCGCCUCGUUUCCUUGGGGGAUCUUGAAAAACCAAAAAAAGCAAAAGCAAAAGCAACCCCCCCACCACACGUCUCUCCCGCUCCGCGGUUGCCCUGACUCGAGCCAUGGGUAAGUUGGGCCGGGGAGGGAGAAGGCAGGAGGGUGCGGGGCUGGCGAGGCAGGAGCUAGCAGCAGCGUGAGCUCAGGCGCCUGGAAGCGCCUUCUCGACUUCGCUCUUGUUCCUACAAGUUGGAGGGACGCGCGAAGGGUCAGCAGCUUCAGCCGCAGCGGGCGAUCCUAGUCAGGCUGGGCUUGUAAUUUGGGGCUCGCCCGGAGGGAGGCAGAUAGCUCGGGCGCCUCGUCCCCCGAGGUGCCCUCUUUCCGUGCGUUUCGCCCUUAGCUUUAAACUACUUGUAUUUCUGAGGGAAUCUCCCAAGCGCUGCUGGCUUAGGAAAGGAGCUCCGCAGCUCUGGCUAGCUGCUCGCCGCUGCCUCGCCAGCAUUUCCCAGAACUUAAAUUUUCCAGGCUGAACGAGACCAGAUAAUUUUAAUCAUAUUCUUUAAAAAAAAAAAAAACCCCAGAGAGAGGGGAGGAACAGGAAGAGGGGGGCAGAAAUUAGUGGUCGACAACCGCCCUUUCGUUUUGUUUAUUCGCAUCUGGAUCUGCAUUCAAGAGCGCAAGUCUAGCUGUGUCUUACUCAGAAGCAAGCGCUCUUGUAGCUAAAGGGGGCUUACUCCCAGGUGAGUGGGUGAAAUUGCAGCCCGGGUCCCGUUUCAACAGGACUUGCUUCCAAGUAACGCCUCGGUGCGAACUUUCUCACCCCCUCCCGUCCCGCCUCAUUGCAAAACGGUGGUUUCCACAUAAGUGACUCCCUCUCAAGCCUGGGUCUUUUAGGAUCGCGGCCCGCGCUGCUGUUGCGCCCGUUCCACAGCUGCAGACGGAUGCUUUAGGAUGGAGAUUUGUGAGGAGAUUUCCCCCCUCAAAAAAUAGCAUUUUCUCCGGACGGGUGGGCCACCGCGGUCCGAAAAGAGUUUUUUGGGUUUUUUGGCAGCCCUAGCCCAAACCUUGGAAGGAAAGCCCCGCUCACUUCAGGGGGCCUUACUCCCAGGGAAGCGUGCCUAGGAUUGUGACCAUUUCCCGCGGGCCUCGCUUCUUGCCAAGGCCGGUGACCCGGGGGCGAGCCGUACCUCGAGGGAGAAGCGAGGCCUGGCUCUGCGUGGAAUUUGCUUCCAGCUCCGUGGCGCGCUCGGCCCGAUCCCUGGGAAUGCAGCUGCGCCCUUGCAGUCGCGAGGCGGCUUCCUCCUCCCAAGUAAACGGGUCCAGGCUAGAAAUGGGUUGGGGGGCGUCGGGGCUGCGCUUGUUCCCCCGAGCGAGUCCUAUGUGCGGUGCUUGUACUUCUCCCCACAGAGCCAGCCUUCGGGGAGGUGAACCAGCUCGGCGGGGUUUUCGUCAACGGGCGCCCGUUGCCCAACGCUAUCCGGCUCCGCAUUGUGGAACUAGCCCAGCUGGGCAUCCGGCCGUGCGACAUCAGCCGGCAGCUGCGCGUCUCGCACGGCUGUGUCAGCAAGAUCCUGGCGCGCUACAACGAGACGGGCUCCAUCUUACCGGGGGCCAUCGGGGGCAGCAAGCCCCGGGUCACCACGCCCACGGUGGUGAAGCAUAUCCGGACCUACAAACAAAGGGACCCCGGCAUCUUCGCCUGGGAGAUCCGAGACCGGCUGCUGGCCGACGGCGUGUGCGACAAGUACAACGUGCCCUCGGUCAGCUCCAUCAGCCGCAUCCUGCGCAACAAGAUCGGCAACCUCUCGCAGCAGAGCCACUACGACUCCUACAAGCAGCACCAGGCGGCCCCGCAGCCCGCCCUACCUUACAACCACAUCUACUCCUACCCCAGCCCCAUCGCGGCGGCGGCGGGGGCCAAGGUGCCCACCCCGCCCGGGGUGCCCACCAUCCACAGCGCCGUCCAUAUGCCUCGCACGUGGCCCUCCUCCCACUCCGUCACCGACAUCUUAGGAAUCAGGUCCAUCACCGACCAAGGUAAGCGCUCCUGGAGACCUCGGGUGAUUAGGGCAGGAAGUGGCAAGCCAAACCGAAGGAGGACCCCCCUGAGCUCCUCCCCCAGAGGGCCCAGGGCCUACUUGUGGGGUGGGGUGGGUUCAUCUCUUUACAAGUUAGAAGAUCUCCUCGGUACCAAAUCCUGCCAGUGUUACCUUGGCAAAGGUGUAAAUAGAAAUAGAAAUCCUUCAUUACUUUGCCCAAGAUAAAAGCUACAGAUAACCCCCCUGCGGAUGAUGUCCCCUGAACCUCUAGCUAGCACAUCUACUUUGAAAUAAUCUUCAUCUUACUUGGUGGGAAUUUCAGCUUCCAAGAUGACAUUUGGCUGAUGCUUUGGGUAUAUCUCCUAAAUGGCCCAUUUCAAUUUAAGCAGAAAUAAUAUUUUUAUUAUUUGUCUCCAGCCUAUCUGACUGGGUUGUAUAUAUUUGCAAAGUACCUCAAACUAAUUUGAGCUAACAAAAAUCAAAUGCAUUAAAACAAAUAUGUUGUGUUUUAUUUUAAAUCACCUAGUUCCAAAUUGAAAUAGAACCCAGUUUGCUUAAAUCUAUGGCCCAAUAAGUGGCACAUUUACUUUGGAGUAACUUCCAUUAAGCUUAGUUUAACUUGCUUAUGAGUAAACAUGCACAGGAUUGGCCUAUUCAGAGACCACAUUAGGCUGCAUUCCUACAUAUGCUUACUUGGGAUUAAGUGCCAUUGAGCAUAGUAGGACUUAUUUCUCAAUAAACAAUCCUGCAUCUCAUUUUUUAAACUGGGCUGCGGCUAUGUGUUUGUGAUAUGGCACUCAAGCCUAUCUGCAUAUUUGAAGAUAUGUUUGCUAAUGUUAUAUGGCACUGUAUUGGAAAGCCUAGUUUGUGUAACUCCUGCCUUACAAGUAUACCUCUCAAUAUAACAUAAUACAACCUAUUUUCAGAUGGCUAACCAUAUUAAUCUGCCCCAGCAUAAGCAACCGUUUUGUGACAUCUUUUAAAAAUUUAAUAUGGCCUAAGUUUAUACCAUAAUAAAUUUGUUAGCCUUUAAGUUGUCACAAUCCUCUUUGCUAUUAUUACCGGUAUAUACCUGGUAGUAAUAGUUAUAUAAACAUAUGAGGGUGUUAAAAUGAUAAAGAAUCCUGUGACAUUCUAAAAACAAUUUUAUUGUGCCAUUAUGUUUCUGUCGACUAUAGCUGACUUUCUCAAAUGCUUAAAUGUCACCUUCAGUUUGGCAGAAAGGUAGCAAAUGGUGUGUGAGAUUAUACAUAUUUUAAUAUAUCCUAAAAAUCUAAAUGUAUGAUAUAGAUGAAUAAUGCACAAGCAAAGCAAUAGGCGAGCAUGCAAAAAAAGAGAGGAGCUAUCAGGUAUAUUUGCUUUUUCCCCCUGCCAGGCCUUCUUUGUGCCUGUUUGCUUUCAUGUCAGGGAUUCUACAGGAAAGGCAUCUCCUUGAAAUUGCAGGCAAAUCCACCACCAGCUUUCGCAAUCAGACCAAAUUUGCUCAGACAGGAAGUUCAAAUGUCACCUAAUUGCUUUCGUUCUUCUGCUUCACUUUGUUUUCCUCCAAAGCGGUGGUCCAGAAAACUGAAACUACCGAUGUUUAACUAGCAUUUAGCCCCUUCCAAAGAACUGCUGCUCGGCUCGCUUUUCCUUACUUUGCUCCAGAAAUCGAAACCUUGCCGUUACAAAAAGGCAAGAGCGAUUGAACCGAACAGUGAAACACUCAAACUAAACACAUGGCAUCAGAUACUUGCCCACCAUCUCAAAAUGUGAUGCUACACAAACAAUCUCACUAGGGGGUCUCAUAGGUUUUAAUGGGGCCAAGUCCCCCCCCCAAAAAGUGUCUGUAAAUCUAGUCAACUCCUCUCAAUAGUCUAACUCCCCCCUCAACAAUUCUACCUAUUUUUAUCACUAAACACUAUUAUUUAGAUUAUGGCUGCUGUAUGAUUUGGCAAAAAAAUAGUUAAAAAACUAUGUUAAUAAAAUAUUCAGGGUUGUUGUUUUUUUUUAAAAAAAAAAUUCACACUGCUUUGCAUGCUGAGGGCAGAAAUAAUAAUAAUAAUAUUAGCUAAACAUUAGGUUCUAACUUUUCCUAGCUCACUUUUAAGAUUCCAGUUGGAAUUUCUGCAGGAAAAUAAAUGCUGCCAGUCCUUAAAAAUUACAAUAUCAUUUUCCAGGGAGGGGGGAAGAUUUGCAAAUGCUAAUUGUGCCCCUGUGGGUGAGUGUUGGGGAAAGAGAAGUUGCUGCACGAGAGCGAUACGCGAAUUGGCGUGUAUUUCCUCCUUUUCUUAGAGCCAUAGCGGCCAAGGCCUCCUACCUAGGGAGCCGGGCAAGCGGGUGGGAUCUGAAUGACAAGGAGGCUUUUCCAUCCCGUCUCCUGGCCUCCUCCGCUCCCUCCCCUUCCUCUUCCCCGCUCCGGUUUGCGGAGCUGCAUCUGAGGGCGCUUUGCCCUUGAUUUAUAGGAUAAGCUGACCUUGCUGACACGGAAAGGAAGCCCCUAUUCAUGGGAAAGUGAGAGAUCAGCAGAACAGGGAGCUCGCGGAGAGACAGCUCGCUUUCUUAAGACAACUUUCGACGUGCGCCAGCGCUAGGAAGGGAAGAAACCAGCGGCUGGGGGGCUCCCCUCUUUCGUCCCGGAGAGGAGGGCCCCCCCGUCCUUGUUGCGAGGGCCUCCUCUAUGUCCCUGCCGAGCACCCGUAGCAUUUCCUUCGCCCUUUAGGGCAUCCACCGAGUUUCCAACAGCAUGUUGAUGGCAGGAGUUCAUAAAAUAAAAACCCCAAGUGUUUGCGUUUAAGUGGUUCUGUUUGCACCCUAAAUGCCCUGGCUUAACCGGCUUGUGGAUCCCAUCGAAGGCUCGCUGCGUUUGUCAGCUUUCCCUGAUGGCUUCGAAUUAAGAUUCGGUUGAAAUCUAUGGGAUUUCAGUCCCCAAUCAGUCCUAUCUUAGGAUCGAAGUGUUCUCACCCCUAAAUCCUUACGGGUUUUUGCUUGGAAGGAAGUCAGCUGGCCCCAUGGAUUUCAAAGGCACUUGCUUCAUGGCAAAAUAGGCGGGGAUCACAGUCACAUCUGGAAGCAGGCUCUAAUAUUGAUGCAGGUUUAGGACAGAGACACGCAAACAUUCAGUUUUCUGGUUGCAACCGCGCAGCUUUCGAAUAGUGCAAUCCUGUACCCGUCGACUCUGAAGUAAGUCCUAUGGAGCUCAGUGGGGUUUGCCUCCUGCAAUCGUAACAGGAUAUAGGUUGCAAGCUAAAUAUUUCAAACAAAUAAAAAACAAAAAACCCUUCCGUAGUAAUUUGCGAGUUAGUUUUCAUUACGCAUCUCCUGCCGUAAAACGUGACACUAUUCCAUCAAAUCGACCUUGAAAAUAAUUAUGUCAAAGAUACUUAUCACUACGCAGGGGCUGUCAGCAAGAGAGGAUGAUGGGUGACUUUCAACAACUGCGGAGUUUUUCUUAAUCCAGUUAGGCCCAAAUAAUUUCCUUCCUUUGUGUUAGGAUGGAAUAACUGGGCGCUGGAGUUUGGGGGGUGGGGUUCGUUGAAAACAGUGUGGAAGGUGGAAUGGAAAGUCAGAUCUGCCCGUCCACAUGUACCUUAAAUACGUCUACUUGGAAGUAAACACUUGUUAAUUCAAGGGCGCUUAAACUUUGCGCAGAACAAGAUUGGAAUCCGAUUAUUUGGAACGCUCCUAAUGCAUUUCCGUUCCUUAUUUGAACGUUGUAAAUUCAACCCAGUCUCGAACUCAAUGACAUUUACCUCUUAAUAGACAGGUAUGGGAUGUCACUGUAAGGCUUCAAUCCACCCCUGGAGCCAGUAAAUACAAUUGGGGUACUCUGGAGGAAGUGGAUUCAGGCGUGAAACCAGAAUAUGUGCUAAAAUGACGCCAUACUGCCCUGUAACACCCCCCCCCCCAAAUUCUCUGACAUUAAAUAUAUUGCCUAUUAUCGAUUACCGUUUAUUCAUGGAAGUGAGUGACUGGAAUGAAUGGCCACUUCUAGUUCGCCCUGUCCUAAGUGGUGGUCUUUGAGGCUGGGGAAGUCCAAAACUAGGUAGCUUUUUUCUUUUUCUCUUUUUUAUGAAUUAUGAAUUGGAAACUCAGUGGCUAGAAACGCGUUUAGGAUGGGACUUAAAAGGCAAACAAAAUUGUACGGGUGCUGGACAGGGACAUAACAAGGCGACCCAAAUCACAAGUCACAAGACAAAGUGUUAGGAGGAAAGACCUUCCAUCAGGUUAAGCGGAAAUUUAACACAAUUCAUUAAUUCUGCAGGUGUUCGUGGUGGUUUGUCCUUUUGCGAUUAAUUAAAUUAGAAUUAGUUUGUGUGUGAAGUAUGAAGUUAAGCUUAGCUUCCCGGUGGACAAAGCUACUGGUCAUUUGCAUGGCUUUCUCCUUUGGUAGACCCAUACAGGCUGAAAAAGUUUGGAGGAGACUUUGAUUCGUGUGUUUGUAUCUAUGUAUCUAGCGCAUCUAAUAUUUGCACAACUAUAGUCAAACACAGACUGUAGUCAAACUACAGUCAAAUUUCCCUCUAGAAGUAUUAACGUAGAUUUAUUUUUAUUUUUAAAAAAGAAGCAGCCACAGCAAAUACCCUUUUACGAGCUAAAAUUACCCCACCCCUUUAAACUUAAUAUACCCCUAUGCUCAGCUGAAUAUCCGUGUUACUUUGAUUUCGCUGGAACUUGUUUGUGGUUCAGAAUAUUAUUAGGAUCGCAGCUUCUCUGUGUCAGGGACAUUAACUGCGAUCUCCAGGAAAGGAAGGCAGACAGGUUUUUCAGUGUUGGUUUGUGGGAGCUCAGAGCUCUCUCCUUUCUAACAUGGUAAAGCUGAAAUCGUAAACACGUUCGCUGGCGAGUAAGCGCGCUUGACCACAGAGGGGCUUACUUCCGAGGAAACAUAUUCCUCGGCAGUGAGUCCUACUGGGAGACAUCUGCAUCCUGCUCCUUUAUACGUUUAUUCAGAAAUAAGUACUUAUAAAUAGCUGUUUAUCGGACCGUAGGAUUGGGGUUUCAGUUACUUGAACUUUAAAAGAAGGAGCAAAAGUUUCCAGCUUGCAGGCUGUGGAAACGCACUAGGCAGGGAGCAGAUGGGCUGGCUUCAGUUGCAUGCGUGUCUCCUUAGAAGUAAGCGCCAUUGAGUCCAAUGGGACUUACUCUCAGGCGAGCGUGUCCACGUCUGCAGCCACUUCCUCGAACCACUCGUGGUUGUACUUUACGCGUGCAAAACCAGGAUCUCUUCACAGCGAAGGCAAUAAAUAGCCUCCGUUAAGUGAUCCCGAGUUUGCGCUGUUGCUUAACAAUUUCAGAAGCCUCUUCCUCGCCAGGUCAGCUGGCGGUCCACCGUCUCUUGAAAUCAAGGAGCCAGGAGGAGGGACGUUGGGUUUGCACCAAGGGACUCCUCUCGGCCUGCCGCCCCCGCACCCCGAAUAUACUUUAACUGCGGGGGAGGGAGAGAAGGAACGAGACCCUCGGAAAAUAAGAAGACUCUGGGACGGGUGGGGUGUGCGCGGCGCAUUAUGAGCCUGCGUUAAAACCACGGCUUGAAAUAGCGUUCGCUGGUUGUUGAUGGGCAAAGCCUGGCAGAUACCGACUGAGAUGCCACCAGAAGCUUGCGAUGCGAAGAGAGGUCCCACGUUUUCCCAAGUCGGGGCCUCCUGUUGCUUUCAUUUUCAUUCCCCUUUUUCCAUUUAUUUCUUUGGUAAUGUUCAUGUUGGAUGGUGGUGAGAGAAGCGAUCUAACGCCUGCUUUACUAAACCUUAAUAGGGUGGAUCCCUUGAUUUAAACAGGAGGCCUCCGUUGGAGCAGAUUUGCUCUGGGAUGUGGGUCCCGUCGGUUGCGAUGGCACCGCAGUCCUCAAAACCACGUUCCAGGCUUGAGCGAGAUCCAGCGCCUGGGAACUACCGUAGUGGAAACCAUAUAAACCCAGCGGAGGCGGUAUACUAGUGUCGCCUCGGCAAACUUACUCCCGAGUAAGCCUCGCUGGAUUCGGUGGGACUCGCUUCCGAGUCAACCUGCGUGGGAUCCUGGCUGCAGGGCUGCUGCAACCCUAAACCCUUUUAGUUGGGAAUGAAACGUCAUGGGAUUUACUUCAAAGUAAACAUUUUUAGGCUCGGGCUGCCCACGGGGCUAGAAGAGCCGUUGUAAUCGAGACGGCUGAUUUCCGACUACCCGAAACCUUAAAUCCUAGGCGCAUUAAAUAGAAACAAAUACCACUGAUUUGAACGAUUUCAAGCAAAUUUGAUUAGUUUCACGACUUUUCCUCCCAAGGAGGGGUGGGGGGAGAAACGGUUUCAGGCUGGGGGAAAUGAAGAUCUGGGAACAAAUGGCACGGAAACCCCCAGCCCGCCUCCAUUAGGAAGGAGGUUUCCAAGCCCCGUUGAUUGCAAAAAAAAAAAAAAGGAGUUUAGCAUCCAUGAGGAACAGGGAGCCAGAAUUGCCGCUCCCUUGAUGCACCAACUUAGCAACAAGUUCCAUUAGGGAUCACCUGCAUAUUCCUGCCUUGCAGCGGGCUGGACUAGAUGACUCGGGGAAUCCCUUCCAGCUCUACAGUUCCAUGAUUCCAUGGAGAGGCGAUGGGGACUUGCUUCCGAGUCAGUGCGGUCAGGCACGAGGGUCAGUCGCCCUUUCCCUUGCCCCGGGAGACCUUGGCUAACGAGGUGCAAGUAGAAGAGAGUUUUCACGGGGGGGGGGGAGGAAGGAGCUGGGCCCCGAGUCUCUGGUGGAGAUGCAAACCGCAGCCGGCCAUGGGCGUAGCCAGGAUUUAUUGGGGGAGGACGGGAGGACACCCACCUGUCAUCAUCCUCUGACUGGCUCUGUCUAGCAGGUUCGGAAUGAAAUGUCUCAGCCACAGUUGUUUUAAAUUUCUUUUGACCCCAAGCGCUAAAAAUAAUAAUAUAUGUGUCAAAAUCUUUCUACAAUUUCUCGAUUGUGGGGUGGGGGACAGCUGCUGCCCCCCUGUCCCUCCCUGGCUAUACCCCUUGCACCCGGCCCUCCCUUGCGCACGAGUCUCCUUUCCCGGGAGCCCCGAUCCGAGGCCGGCGUCCCUCGCUGACGCUCCUUUGCCCUGUCUUUGCCCGCAGUAAGCGACAGCUCGCCCUAUCACAGCCCCAAGGUGGAAGAAUGGAGCAGCCUGAGCAGAAGCGGCUUCGCGGCCACAGCGCAGCACGUCGCGGUGAACGGGCUGGACAAGAGCUCCAUGGAGCCCGAGGCCAAGUACAGCCAGGUAAAACGUGAGCGCCGGUUGCCUGGAAGAAGGGCUGGCGGGGGGGGGGGGAUUGGAGGAGGGGUAGGAAUCGCAGGCUGAGCUCUCAAUGCCCUUCCCUGGUGCUGAGGUAGUUAGUAGGAGGGCAGGCCAAGCCAUGCCUACUUCCAAGUAAGCCCUUCUGAAUCCAGUGGGGCUUAUUCCGAGGUAAGUGUGACUAGGGUUUACUGGCUUUCUUUUCCUCCCUGUGCCAUAUUCCAGUUGAGUUCCAAUAUACUUACUCAGCAGAAUCAUUUUUUAACUUCCAAUAAAGAGAGAAACGUUUUCAAACUGGAACACGCAGCCAUCUGGAUUACGGUUCCGGAUGAAAGCCAAAACAAGCUGCCUUCUAGCAUGAGCGUAGACAGGAUUUUUUUUUGGGGGGGCAGGCCUUUUGUUAGAGGGCCAGAACCUCUUAACUAUGCAUUUAUUUUUAUUGAUUUGGGGGGUCAGCUUUCCCUCUCUGCCCCCCACUGGCCAAGCCCAUGCCUUCUAGUAAAGCCAGGAUCCAACUUGCCCCAUUGAUUUCAUUGGGCAAACUAAGCAAACUAGGAGUUAGGCCCAAUGAAUUCAAUAGGACUUCUCAGUAGACAUACACAAGAUCAUAGGAUUGCACUGUUUGUCCUGUUCCAAUCCAGAGUAAACCUGAUUAUAUGUGUUAUAUGUUUUGGAAACCACCCAGAGUGGCUGGGGAAACCCAGCCAGAUGGGCCGGGUAUAGAUAAUAAUAAAUUUAUUAUUAAUAUUAAUGUUAUUACUUGUCACUUGUUGGAGAGGGGCUGGAGGGGAGGCUUGCUUUAUUCGGAAGUGCUUCCGAGGUUGUGCCAUUCCAGCGUGGAAGUACUGAGCUAGGCUUUCAAUUAAUGAUCUGCCAGACCAAGAGUCCCUGGCUUUAAUUUUUAGGUUUUACUUGGUUUGUAAUAAGUUGCCUGCUUUCUUGGAACUGAAGGGGGGAGGAGCUCUGUCUUCUCUUAGCAAACUAUUCCUUUCCUGCCCUGGUCCAUUACAAGCAAACUGAAUACAGUAUUGUGCUACUGUCUCUGGGCACCUUUCAGUGAGCAUCCUGAAGUCGUGUUGGUUUUGAACAGGAAAGGCAUACAGCUCUAUCCCACACAUUCACUCAGAAGUCCCACGGUGUCCAAUGAGGUUUAUUCCUAGAUAAGCGGAGACAAUCAGCACCCUUACUGGGGACCAAGCCCCAUUGAACUUGGUAAUACCUAUUUCUGAGUCAACUUGCUUAAUCCUGUUAAGCGCCUACUUCAUUUUCUUAGUGGAAUUAACAGGAUUUAAAUGUCACCUUUGAAUGGGGACUAGUGGAGAUGACCACAGAAAAGCUACAUGCACUGGUCAUGUGAAUAGGCCCCAGAGUGCCCUUAGGACCAUGGCAUAACCUUGGAUAUUAGCUUUGUAAUGUAUUUCUAUCCCACCAUAUGACCCAAUGGACCUCUUUAGAAUUGUGGUGUGAUCUGGCUGUGACAUCUGUCACCCCAUUGAUUGCCAGGAUUGAUUUGGCUGGCUAGGAGGGUGUCCGCUUCCUCCCUCAAAGCUUCAUGUGUGUCCCUCCUGAAGCUGUGCAUUUGAGAGGAUGGCCAUCCCAGGUAGAAGGUGUGUACCACUCUUUGGUCAAGGAUACACGAUAGCUGCACUCCCCUGCUAGAACCUCCAAACAGGCUUUGUAAUAUACUUACAGUAUAUCCCACCAUGUGGCCCAAUGGACCUCCUUAGGAUUGUGGUGCAAGAUAUAUCGUGAUGUGGGUGGCGCUGUGGGUUAAACCACAGAGCCUAGGACUUGCCGUUCAGAAGGUCGGCAGAUCAAAUCCCUGUGACGGGGUGAGCUCCCGUUGCUCGGUCCCAGCUCUUGCCAACCUAGCAGUUUGAAAGCACGUCAAAGUGCAAGUAGAUAAAUAGGUACCGCUCUGGCGGGAAGGUAAACGGUGUUUCCGUGCGCUGCCCUGGUUCGCCAGAAGCGGCUUAGUCAUGCCAGCCACAUGACCCGGAAGCUGUACACCGGCUCCCUCGGCCGAUAAAGCGAGAUGAGCUCCGCAACCCCAGAGUCGGUCAUGACUGGACCUAAUGGUCAGGGGUCCCUUUACCUUUUAUAUAUCGUGAACCUUUAUUCAUUCUUUCUCCAAGUCUUUUAUUUCUUCAUCCUCAGAUUAGUUGGUUGCUCCCAGUGCAGUGACCCAUGUGUCGAUGCUGCUCCAGGUAUUCUAUUUCCAUGCAUAUUUAUCAUUCUUCAUCCAAAACGAUGUUCUGCCUGUGGAUGCUUCUUUUUGCACAUUGAUUACCCUGACUUGUGGGCACAUCCACUUGAACACAAAUAGCACCCUUCCCCAAUAUAUUUUUGUGUACUAUAAAUGCACCACAUUUUGAGGAAUCAGUUCAGCUGAUUGAUAAUUGAUUUAUUUAAGAAAGUAAGAAGAGCUCGGCUGGAUCAGAUCAAAGGCCCGUCUAAGCCCAGUAACUUAUUUUCACAGUGGACAGCCAGAUCCUUAUGAUUAUUUAGAGACAUGCAGUCUCUGACACUGAAGUAUUCAACCAUCAUGACCAGUUAUCAUUGAUAGCCCUUUUCUCCAUGAAUUUGUAUGGUCCCCUUUUAAAACUAUCCAAACUUGGAAGGCACAUAUUGUGGUAGCAAAUACUAUGUGCUGUAUGAAGAAGUACUUCUUUUAGUAUGCCCUGAAUUUCAACAAUCAGCUUUAUUGGGUAGCUCUCAUUCAUUCAUUCAUUCAUAAUUUUAUUUGUAUGUCUCCCCCACAAAAAUCAUACCCAAAGCAGCUUACAAAACAGGAAUAAAUUCAAAAUCAAAUAGUGAAAAGCAAUUUCAUAAUAGCAUAAUACUUGCAUAACAGCAAUACAAUAACAUAUAAAAACAUAAUACAAAAAUUCCUUCCAGUAGCACCUUAGAGACCAAUUAAGUUUGUUAUUGGUAUGAGCUUUCAUAUGCAUGCACACUUCUUCAGAUACCAGUGCACACGAAAGCUCAUACCCAUAACAAACUUAAUUGGUUUCUAAGGUGCUACUGGAAGGAAUUUUAUUUUGUUUCGACUACGGCAGACCAACACAGCUACCUGCCUGCAUAUAAAAGCAUGCAAAAAACCCCGUACCAUAAAUACAAUGAGAUUGCAUCAACAUCUAAUAUCCACUAGCAAAAAUAACCAGGGAGCUUGACUGUGUCACCUUGGUCCUAGAAACUCCCCUCCCAUCAUGUCGCUUACAGUCCCUCUCCUGCAGCAACUUGCAAGGCUUCCAAAGGCAAAGUGUAGGGUAGCUGGAAACACCUCUCUCAUGAUGUUGUGACUCUGGGUUCUGGCACUAUGAGAGGGGGAUAAAACCUUCUCUCUUUUCAUGUUUUCCACACCGUGCCUAAUUCUAUACAUCUCUCAUUAACCAUGCUCACAUCCUUCGUGGUAUCUUUCCUAUUGUCCUUGAUGCUUUGUUUCCUAAUCUGCAACAUACUGUACAUUCAAAGUUGGCUUCUGUUAUUGCAGUUUUGAAUAACCCCUGCCUGCAUUCUUGGGAGAUUUGACCUUCUUGACUUUCCAUUUCAACUUUCAAGGAGUUUCCUCUCUUGAAGUCAAAUGUGCCUAUGUCGGACUUCCUUGACAAUUGUCCACAUAUGUAAAUACUGAAUUUGAGAUUACUGUGGCCACUGUUUCCAGUAAGUUUGACAACACUUCCAUCUCCCACCAGGUCCUGGGCACCACUUAAGUUUCAAUCCAGGAUUGCCUCACCUUUUUUAGGUUCUAUGACCAUCUGUUCUGCAGCAUAGUCAUUUAGUGUAUCUUGACAUUUUAGUUCUUAGUGGAGACCAUAAUAUGCACGUAUCCAUCCUUCCCAUUACUAUAACACUUCCUCCUUUAGAGGCCUUCUUGGUAGCAUUCUCCAUCUUGAGAUCACCCUGGGCAUUUAGGUACAUUCCAAGUACAUCAUUACUUUGGGACCUGUCUUGCCACCCACAGCAAUGCUGUGAAGGUGUCUUUCCCUUUUGGGAUUUUCGGUCUGUUCCCCCUUUGACACACAGAAGGACACCAACCUUUUAUGCCCUAACCUGUCCUUCCUAUAGAGUUUGUAUUCUGAACCAGUGAGAAUGUCUCACUGGUUCUCUCCAUUCCACUGGGUUAUUAUUAUUCCUAUUAUAUAUAUGCAGUCCUUUAAUACUCAACACCCCAGCUUACCCAUCUCUGUCCAGAGGCUUGUAGAAUUAGCAUAGAAGCCAGGUGUGGGGAACCUCAGGCCCAGGGCCAGAUACAGCUCUCCAAGCCUUUCUGCCCCACCUAUGGCACUCUCCCUAGGCUACACCCACUCCCCAGCCACACCCCUCAUUGCCCCUGCUUUGCCCUCUUCUUGAGUAGUUUUGUUUGGCUGGAGUGCAUGCAUGAGUGUAGAAACUAACUUACUGCACAAGGGUAACAGGUAUGUUUGUUACUGCAUCCACUGUUUUUCUCUCACCCCACUGACCACUGGCACAUGGCCCUCAGAAGUCACCCUCAUGCCAAAGGAGCUGGUCACACCCUGGCAUACACACAACCCAGCAUUUCCAAAGAAGUUGUGAAAGAGGAUUCCCCUGCCCAGGUCUUACACAAUUUCUAACACCAGCAGAGUUGUUACAGCACAGGACAGAUUUCAUUUUGAAUUUUUGUUCCUUUGGUGUUUACAUAGGCAUAUGUGAUUUCUGGUUGCUCAAAGUUUAUGUUGGACUGCAGAGGUGUGUAAACUUCAGUUCCUUGUCCAGGUCAUGCUCAUGCAGCUCUUGGGUUGAAUAAGGAACUGGGAACCAACUGCAGCCUUGUUGUGUUCCUUUGAGUAAAAUCCGCAUACAUGUGACCAGGUGCACUUUCAUUUGCCUUUAUCUCCCCUGGGAUGUAACUGCUUCCUGUUCUGUGGAUUUAGUGAUAAGCACAGUGAGCACAAAGGGACGCAGGUGGCACUGUGGUCUAAACCACAGAGCCUAGGGCUUGCCGAUCAGAAGGCCGGCGGUUCGAAUCCCCGUGAUGGGGUGAGCUCCCAUUGUUCGGUCCCAGCUCCUGCCAACCUAGCAGUUCGAACGUCAAAGUGCAAGUAGAUAAAUAGGUACUGCUCCGGCAGGAAGGCAAAUGGCUUUUCCGUGCACUGCUCUGGUUCGCUGGAAGCGGCUUAGUCAUGCUGGCCACAUGACCCGGAAAAACUGUCUAUGAACAAACGUCGGCUCCCUCGGCCAGUAAAGCGAGAUGAGUGCUGCAAUCCCAGAGUCAUCCAUGACUUUACCUUUACAGUGAGCACAGCAAGUACUGUAAGCCACUGUAGUGUAGUGGUUAGAGUGUCAGACUAUGACUUGGGAGACCAGAGUUCAAAUCCACACUCAGCCAUGAAGCUCACUGGGUGACCAUGGGCCAGUUACUUACUCUCAGCCUCUCAGGGUUGUUGUGAGGUAAAAAAAUGGGGAGGAGAACUAUGUAAACCACCUUGAGGUCCUUGGAAUAAGAUGAAUUACAAAUGUUGUUGUUGUUGUUAUUAUUUAAUGAGGAAAGAUGGAGUUUCUCAAAUAAAUAUUUUUUUUCCGCCCCUCCUUUCUUUGGCAGUAGAAAAACCUGCUGGUGCAAAAUGUGUGUGAUCCUGGAAGUAAUCCCCGUCUUGCUACUGCAAGGGACCUGCGCAUAUCAGAAGCCUGUAUUCUGUAAUAUAGGGUCAGGUUGGGGACUAAUUGGUGCUGGUCUGGAAUGUAGCGAAAAUAGGCCUAGAUUCAACUAAGGAAGCCAGCACAAAGACUCUAGCAAGUGCAACAGGGCUUCCUCCUGAGUGGCCCCUUCUCGCUUCCCCAAAUCUGCUUUAGGUGUGUUGGAAACAGCCCCUAGAAUAGCACAGAGGGGAAUAGAGGGAUAUUAUUCCAUCUAGCAAACAGAAAUGCUUGUGCUGAUGGAACGACCAGAAGAGCAUGGUGUUGAAUUCCUCCUAUAAAUUAUGCGUCAAGACAGCCUUAAUUCCAUCCCUAGGUGUCUGCUGUCUCUGGCCCACUCCUUAUAAUAUUAGGGGGGCAGGGACUAUCUAUAGUGCUGUAGUAAGAAUGACUGGAAUUGAGGGGGCAAGAGUAGUGGGUUUUCUGCAUUAGAAGGGCAUUGAAUUGGAUGGCCUUUGAGGUCCCUUCCAACAUUCCAUACAUUUGAAGCACAUCUCUAUCUCUGCCACCCCAGAAAAAUAAUAGGAAUUGUAUUUUGCUCCUCAUAGAGCUUUAUUUCCCAGCACCUUUAGCAGACUGUCGUUCCCAGGCUUCUGGGGAAUUGCUUUAACUGCAUGGUGUAUAUGCAGUGUACAAUACUAUUUUUUAAAAAAAUAUUUUUAUUGAUUUUUACAAAUGAUUUCUAAAAAUCAUAUAACAUACUUUCUUAUCUUAAACAAUGUUUUGGACUUCCAUCAACUGCAUCUGAAGAUUUUUCAGUCUUUAUCACUUAAUCUGCAUUUCAUUAUUUUCAGUAUUACAUUUAAUACUCCUUCACUAAUAAUUCUUAUCAUAGUUUUCUCUGCAAUAUUUCGCAUAAUCCUCCUUACAAAAUUUCUUGCAAUCCUACUAGCGUAAUUGCAGCGUAUGAUUCUAAGCACGUAGAACAGUUACCUAAUGAUGUAGUAGAAUUGCUGGGGAAUAGAUGGGGAACCUUUGGCUCUCCAGAUGCUGUUGUUGGACUUCAACUCCCAUCAGUCCCCGCUGCCUGGCCCAAUGGUCAGGGGUAAUGGGAAUGCCACAGGUGGCUGAAUAUAGGUCUCCCCUUUCUCUCCUUCCCCCCGGUUUCAUUAAUCUCUUUCAGGAAAGAGUUAAUAGUGAUGUUAACUGUUUAGAUGCACGAGGGACUGUGUUUAACAAUCCUCAUCUCUUCAUAUCAACAAUAAGAGAAUAGUGAAACAACAAGAUUUCAAGGCACCUUAGUAGCUAACAAAUGUAAGCUCUCGUGGGCCAGAGUGCACUUCAUCAGAUGCAAGAGACUAUUUGUAUCAGACAUUCAUAAACAGUUGAAUGGUGCUAAUUUUGUGUCACUUAGUAAGGCUAGAAGUCCCAAAGAGUUUAAGCAGUAGACUAACCUACUAAAACCAACUUUAGCUGGACAUUUGGCAAAUGCAAAUUCUAACAAGGUUUAAAUUGGUGGGCCUGAGAGUUAGGGGUGUGCUUGUUGAUUUUUUCAUCUAAUUUACAUACUGCAGUAGGCAAAUAGGGCAAAAUAAAUGCCAAAGGUAUGCUUUUUGUAUGUUAUUGUGCUUGAUACCUUUUGCAGUUGUCUCUUACCUGGUUCAGUAUCUAAGAACAAAACAAUGCUUCUAUACUAGAACUUAAUUUCGUCAAUAUGUAGAUGUAAUAAAUUGAUUAACUUAUUAGCCAGUUGAAAAGCAAGCAAUCAUUCUGAUAAAAAAUUUGAAUCGGUUGCAGCUUUGGUUGUUACGCUCCAUGAAAAUAGAAAACAACUUGUCUGUGUUUACAUGAGGAAAGAAAAAAAGGGGGGGAGUAUGCAGUAUUCUUUGCUCACCAGUGAUAUUUGGUUGCAUAUCUGGACCUUUUAUACAUAUGUAACUAAGACUGAUUGAUUAUUUAUUUAUUUAAUUAGUUUAUAUCCUGCCCUUUCAAUGAACAGAGCAGAUAAUGUGAUAUAGAGAAGUCACAGGCAUUCCAACCCCCCCCCCCUUCCUAUAGUCAAAUACGUGUUUUGCCUGUGGGUUAAGGGCUGAAUGCCGUUUUCCUAAUCUCCACAGUUUCCUGAAUGAAACCUGAUUACUCAGAUUCUGUUCAGGAAGUGGUGGUUUUGUAAUUGCCUCCAUAGAAUAUAGGCCAACCUGAAGUUAGUGGGACAGAUUCACCACUUGAAUACCCUUCACAUUUAUGCCACUGCCAUAGGUCAGUGAAGUUGUCACCAGUGGAAAGCGCGUGCACGUGCGCACACACAGACACACACACUGCAUUUAGUCACUGCAUUUUAGUGGGAUGAUUACAAAGGAUUUUUGUCUGAGUUAUAUAUAACAUUUCCCUGGCUAGUAGCUUGAUGAUGAAAGUCUCUGUGUUUGGUUUUUUGUGAUUCUUUAAUUCGCAAGUGAAUGUCUUUGAAAACUCAUGCUGCUCGGUAUAUUUAUAAGAUGGUUCUGUCUACAGAUACUUUCAGUGUGUGGAACUCGUUCCUCUGUAUUUCUCAUAUUCUGUGGACAGGCUGUGCUUAAGAACCUAAGGAGAGCUCUGCCUGGCUGGAUCAAAAAGCUCAUAUACUCCUGCAUUCUGUUCCCAACCAGGAAGAUAGACGUUUUGGGUAAAUCCAUACCAUAGCCUUCCCAUACUUUUUGCUCUCAUUGACUGGUCUUCAGAAGCAGGUUGCUUCUGAAAAUAGGAAUGGAAUAGUUGACAGCUGGUGAUAAGCCUACCAUCAAACAGAGAAUGUACUGUGUGUUUAUGCAGUAACAGACUCCGUUCAGCUCCUGAAGGCCCUGCUGUAGACCCCACACCCCAGGAGAUUUUCUCUUGUGCUUAUGCCUUGUUGGUUAGCUCUGUUGGUUAGAGUGUGGUGCUUAUAAUGCCAAGGUCAUGGGUUGAUCCCAUGUAUGGAUGCAUAUUCCUGAACUGAGGGGAUUAGACUAGAUGGUCCAUAGGGUCCCUUCCAAUUCUAUGAUUCUGGUCCAUGGGGUCACGAAGAGUCGAGCACGACUAAACGACUAAACAACAACAACAACAAAUAAUGUCCUGUUGGGGAACUGGCCAUGAACAUCAGGCUGGCCACUGUAAGAAUGCAAUGCUGGCAUAGAUGGUCAAGAAAAGCAUGCUUGUUCUCCUCUUUCUUUCUUUCUUUCUUUCUUUCUUUCUCUCUCUCUCUCUCUCUCUCUCUCUCUCUGCUUGCUGGCUGGCUUACAGGCAGGUUGAUCUGCCCAGAAAGAAGAAGCAGUAGUUAUAAGGAGAAGAAAGCGUUAUGCUUGACCAUAGUUUCAUGCCUUGCAUGUUUCUAGGCUGUAAGCUGGAUCACCUUCCUGAACCUUUAAGUGGUGCAGUAGUGGAGAACAUCUCUUUCCCCCAGCUGCAUAUUGCAGGCUAAAAAUGCCUUGAGUCUUACAUGUGGUAGCUUCAGAAAUGGAUGUGGUAGAGAACUUAUUCAAGCUCUUCCUUACUCAUAUCCCAAUCAUAUAUUUUAUAAUUACUGUUUUGUUUAUACGACAAAGGAACUUUACAGAGUAACCCAAGGUUAUUUUUUUAAAAGCUGAGAGGAAAGUCUCUGCCUCAAAUAACUUACACUAUGCACUUUGACAGUGAGAGGAAUGGGGGAGAUAUGUAACGUGUCCAGUUGAAAUUCACUCCCCGUAAGGCUUGAGAAAUAUGGGUGGUAUUCAACUAAGUUUUCCCUAUCUUGAGUCUCCAGCUGUUUUUGGACUACGGUCUCCAUCAUCCCUGGUCACUGGUCCUGCUAGCUAGGGAGGAUGGGAGUUGUACUCCAAAAACAGCUGGAGACCCAAGUUUGGGAAACCCUGGAAUAGACCUUUGGGCAGAAUUCAACUAACAGGUCCUGUCAGUGGAAGCCCUGUGCAAGGACCUCUGCUUGUGCAAUGGGGCUUCCACUCAUCCACCCACUCACAUGCUCCUCCCACCCCAGAACAGUGCAUGGGGGAAGGAAAGAGAGGAUUGUUCCAUUUUGCAAGUCAAGAUGCUUGCCCUCACUGAGCAAUCGCCUUAGCUGAACAUGGAAUUCCUCCCAUAGAAUCAUGUUAAAUAAUUUCAGUGGGUCUUCUCUGAGUGAAACUUAGUUAAAUACCAUCCUAAGCCUGUUUAGAAUCACACAACUUUAGAGUAGAAUUUUAUACCUACAUGCACACCCCUUAAACAUGGGUAACUUUUUGUGGAUGUUUUAAAAUUGGUCAGGCUGCAACUUGAUCGGGCUUUGCAAGUUCACUGAAGUUAAACUGAACCCACUGUUGCAGGUGGAAUAUGCCAGGGUUAGCCAACAUGGUCCCCCCCACCCCACAUAUUGUUGGACUGCAACUCCCAUCAGCCCCAGCCAGACUGGCCAAUAGUUGGGGAUGAUGGGAGUUGUAGUCCAACAAUAUAUGGAGGACAUCACAUUUGCUACCUCAGGAAUAUGGUAAUCUAAAUGCUUAUGAAAUUCUCUCAUCAGCAUUCACAUUGAACUUGGGAAUCCCCUCCUAGGGAAUAAAUUUCCUUGAAUAUGGACAUAGUGGAAUUGCCUUCUCCUAUAUGUAACCUUUCCUCCCCCUAUGCACUCAGGUCAUCAGGAGAGACCCUUCUCUGAGUACCUGGCCUUCAGAGGCAAGACUGGUGAGUGCAAGUGGCAGGACCUCUUCAGUUAUGGCACCCUCUUAUGGAAUUUGUUUGUUCUCAGGCCCAUUCUCUCAAGACUUAGGGAAAUGUUGGAAGCCCUUUCCUUUCAGUCCGUCUCUGUUUUCUUUUCUUUUUUUAAAAAAUAAUAUUUAUUGAAAAUUUUAAGAUUACAAAAAAAACAAAGAGAAAAAAGAAGGAAAAAACAAAUAACAAUUCAAAAUCAAAAAGCAAAAGCAAAGCACAUAAUACAUCAAAAUCAAAAAGCAAAAAUAAACAAAAAAUUUUUAAAAACAGAUCCAGUAUUCUCAAAUCCUUAACUAUCAUUACCUUAUUUCAUCGACCUCCUCACACCUCCCUUUUUUGUAUUCUAGUUGUUAAUUAUCUCAGCAAAUCCUUUCCAUCUUUCAUAAUAUUCUGUCAUUAAAUUACCUUGAUCUAUUUUAACCUUAUCUUACCAUAAAAAACCUUAAAACUUAAAACUUAAAUCUUAUUUAUACCAAUUUCUCAUAACCAUAACAUAUUCUUACAUAAUUCUUUUUAAUAUUUCUGCUAAAGACAAAUAAUUUCGUUCCAACAUUUUUCUAAUACUCAUUAAUUUUACAAAAAUUUUCCUAAAUAAAUUUUUUAAAACUUUCUUCCAAUCUUCUUCCUACGUCUCUUCCUCCUGGUCUCGGGUUUUGUCAGUCCUUUCUAUCCCAUCCAUCUAGUUCAUCAACCCGGUAACCUUAUGUCCGAGGCCCUUAAAUCUCUUCCAUGUCCCUUCCGCAGGUCUUCUUCAUAUUUAUACCUGUACUUUACUUUGUCUUCUGCUCCUUUCAUUCGUGGAGACUCCAGCUUGAUGAUAUUUUUGUCUCUUCUCGACAGAUCAGCCCCUUUUCCAUAGUCAACACUGUAUUCCAUGUGGUAUUUAAAAGCAUGUUUCAAGGUCCCUCCAAAGUUAAGGGCCCCCACAACUCUGAACUCCUCCCGGCCCAAAGCCAGACUUGAAAGGUCAAAACAUCCCUGCAUAGGGGGGUCUAUCCAGCCCCCCAUCUCCAAACCAAACAAGACUCUAUCUCUCCAAAUCUGGCUUUUUCCAGGUACAUUCGUCAGAUCCAACAACACAUGUUCCUGCUGGGCCACAGUUCCCUCCAUCUCUGCCUCCCGAGGUCCAGCAACAACCUCCUCCCUCAUCUGAUCUGUCAGAGCACACUCCUGGAUUAAUUCCUGAGUGGGUUCUAUAUAGAUACCCACUGCCUGUCCAAAAUUUCCAAUCGCAACAGUCAUCAAAUCCGUCUUCUCAUGUAGCUAUUCCAAUAGAGCACUUGUCUUGCAGAAGGCAAGCACCAGAGCCUCCGAGUACAUUCUUGUGCAAGGUCAAAGUCUGAUCCCACGAUCUUAAUCUAUUGCAGCUGCAAAGCUCCCCAGUUCAAAUUUAAUCACAGUUUCGCAAGCUCCCUCUAGGGGAAAAAGCUUCUAUUUAUAUCCAUCUCUUCUUCUUCUUCUUCUUCUUUUUUUAAAAAAAGCAGAUCUAACAACAAAGUUUCCUUUUUCAGAUAUUUUGUCAAUAUUUUGUUCCUUUUAGAUGCGAAGGGGAACAAUGGAAUCAAUAUGUUUCUCUUCUUUUAACUAUCUGUCAAAAACGUUUGUCUAUAGUCAAUGAACUUCCCAAGGACAUCUGUCCUGACACCCCGCUCCCAGGUUCAAGACGGUGGAAAAUUGCUUUUCUUUACUCUCUCUUCUGCAGGUUUAAACAGUCCAGAAAAAGUUCCCCCCUCUUCUCCUGCUUCCAAGGGGGGUUCAGUAAUUUUAAAUGAUGAAAAUUGAUCCUUUACAGACGACUUUCUAAACUCUAGCUUGCCGUGUCUUUGCUUUAAUCUAUCUACAAAAGCGGAAAGGCGGACUUCCUGUUUAGACCUUCCCGCUUCAGUGCCAAAUUAAAAGAAAUUUCUUAAUCCAAUUUUCCGUUCUACUCACGGACAGUUAUUUAAGAUCCAAUUGUCCACAGGAAAAAGUCAGCGCUCUCCGGCAACAGCAAUGCGGCUUCACUCCGUGAAAGAAACAGUCGAUUCAAGGCACCGCGCCACUCACCCCACAUCGCUCCGGAUCCCCAAAACCGGGGUUCCCCACGAGUAGGGUGGCGCAAAGGUGCCAGCCGAAUCCCACGUCCACAGGCUUCUCCCGCCUGUGGUUUUUUAUGGGUCUCCGCCUCGCCGUGGUGGUUCAGACCCUUUUUUCCACGGAGCGGAUUCCUCCCGAUUGGAGGAAAUCCGCCAUUGCCAGAGGCGCCAACCCGGAAGUCUCGUCGUCUCUGUUUUCUUUAUCCGUUCUAUUCAUACUUAUUCAUAUGAUUGCUUGUGCAUGUGUAGCUACUUGGGAUGAGUGGAAUUAUUUUGUUCAGUGUCAAAAUUCUUGAGUGGAUGAUGGCAGGCAAGGCAUAAUUGAUGGACCUGAGGACAUCUGGAGGUCCAUGAUGAUGAGGAGGAGGAGGAGGAGGAACCUCCCAAAUAUGUUUUGUUCCCAAGCUAUUAAUUUACCUUGAUUAGAAUAUCAUCCACGUUUUCAUGUAAAGUCAUCCAUGUCAUUGCAUGAUAUACAUGAAAGGGUGUGAGUUGUUCCUACCUCAUACACCUGAUUCCUUCCCAGGUGAGCUGCAGUGAACCCUUGUGAGACCUCCUUCUUCCUGACUGACUGCUCUGUGCCCAGCAGCGUUGGGCCAUCGUGCAAGGAAGCUGCCUCUGCAGCUCCCUUGUGUACCAGAGCCAGACUCCAACGAGGGAGCCUGUUGUGGGGGCACCUGGUUGCGCCUCCUCAAAAAAAUGUGCCUGGGGCCACGGUCCCCAUGCCUCCCACACUAUGCCACUGGUGCCCCAAUGUAUGCAAAAAUACUCUGUUCCAGUUGACUAAGUGAUACAGAAGGCCAAGUUACUCUGCGGUGAGAAGGCUCACCGAGUCAGUACAAUUCUGUUGUCUGUGGGGGCUCAUACGACCUGCUUAGUAUGAUGUUGCAUGCAGCCUAUGGUGGAACCCAGUUGGUAAAUGGUUGUGUGCAUUCACCCUACCCAGUGGAGCCACUGGUUUAAAAGAGUCACCUGAAUACCUUGCUGGGCUGUUAGGGAAACUGACUCUGGUUCGAAUCCCCACGACGAGGUGAGCUCCAGUUGCUCGGUCCCUGCUCCUGCCAACUAGCAGUUCGAAAGCACGUCAAAGUGCAAGUAGAUAAACAGGUACCGCUCCGGCGGGAAGGUAAACAGCGUUUCCGUGUGCUGCUCUAGUUCACCAGAAGCAGCUUAGUCAUGCUGGCCACAUGACUCGGAAGCUGUACACCGGCUCCCUCGGCCAAUAAAGUGAGAUGAGCGCCGCAACCCCAGAGUCGGUCACGACUGGAUCUAAUGGUCAGGGGUCCCUUUACCUUUACCUUCAAAGAGGAACAUUUUUGUCUGUCGCCAGUCAACCCCCCCCCCCCAGCGAGAGCAUUCCACAAAUGAGGAACCACUGCAGAAAAGGCCCGUUCUCGUGUUGCUACCCUCUAGACCUCCCGUAGAGGAGACACAUGAAGCAGGACCUCAGAGGAUGAUCUCAGGGUCUGGAUAGGGUCAUAUGGAGAGCGGCAGUCCUUGAGGUAUCCAAGAGUUCACGGCGAUUGCAAUGAAGAGGAGACUGACCAUCUUUGGCGAACAGCAUCACAGAAUUCUGGGAUGUGUGAGUUUCAAAGGAUACCUACAUUUCAGUUUGCAUAUUGUUUCGGAAAGUACAAAUUAGGUAGGCUCGUAUUAAAAUCAGAAAUGAAUGGAACCACAUGUCUCCUUCAUUCCUGCAUAUUUUGCCACCCUGUUUAAUAAGUCAGAUUUGUAUUGCCAUGGGUAUGCAGUGCUGUCUUACCACCCGCUGGUGCCCGCUAUGGCUCUCACUAUCAGAAUCUAAAUCGGCAUGAGACUGCAUGUUUCUUACUGGGUGGGGGGAUGGAGGGAAGAACAAGCCAUCAGGCCUUCUUUGCUUGGACCAGCCUUUCCAUUGACUGCAUAUUUAAAUACUUGCCAAGAUCUGACUUGCUUUUCUCUCCCAGCUGGUAGGCUAUUUUUGCUCCCUUCCCACAGUGCUGCCAGCUUCUCGUUGUGGUGCUGUCUCCACUAUGAAAUCCAUCUGUGUUCUACUUUCAGCAGACAAUAUCUGAAAAUAUUUAGCCCCAGUUUCCCAGUGGGGUUCGAAAUUUAUAAGCCCUUUCUCCUGUAACUUUCCCCAUCCCAACCUGUUUCCAAUAGAGACUGUGGUUUGAUUUUCAUUGACUGACUCUCUAAGAAACCACUUCUCACUUCUUCUUGUUGUAUCCUACUGUUUGCACAAUAUUUUUGCAAGUGAGUAAUUGUUGGUGCAGAGUCAGUCACAUUUUAUGGUUUCUGUUUCUAACGGCAGAUUUAUUUGAAACGUGAUAACCUAAUAAUUAUGCAGUAUAUUAUGAAUGGAGCGAUGGUACUGACAACAAAACAUUACUCUUCUCUGUGGGUUCCCCAUCUCCAAACCUAAAUAAUUUGCUUUAGCGGUUUGUGAUGCCUCUGCAAUGCCAGUGUAACAUCUUAAUGUUUUGAGACUACACUGUGUUAGCUAAUACAGUGGUACCUCAGGUUAAGUACUUAAUUCGUUCCAGAGGUCCGUACUUAACCUGAAACUGUUCUUAACCUGAAGCACCACUUUAGCUAAUGGGGCCUCUUGCUGCUGCCACGCCGCCGGAGCACGAUUUCUGUUCUCAUCCUGAAGCAAAGUUCUUAACCUGAAGCACUAUUUCUGGGUUAGCGGAGUCUGUAACCUGAAGUAUAUGUAACCUGAGGUACCACUGUAUACCCUUAUGGAAUGCUGACUAACACCUAUGUUUGGGUGUAGGCGGGUAUAGCAAAUCUUGGGGCAGAGAAACAAUAUCUAAUUAAUUAUCACCAAUCUCAAAGACACUUACUGGGACCUAGGUUUUACUAAAAGUAAAGAUAUUGAUUUAUUAUUGGCUUAAUUUGCAAUGGAUGGAUAAUUUCAGAUUGGCUGAUAAAUGACAGCUUGAACUAUUUGUUGCUGCAGUAGUUACCCUUCUGUAUGGUUCUUGAAAGCAAUUUUAUCAUUUAUUUUGAUUUAUAUCCAGUCUUUCAUCACUUUUAAGGAUCCCAGAAUGGGUAAAAAAUCAUGCCAAUUGGUCUCUAUGGAUCUCUAUUAUGCUGAUCAGUCACUUUGGUUUUUGUGUGUGUCUUUUUCUGAGCUUUCUUGAUCCAUGUGCUGCUAAAGUCAUAAUCCAAUCCAGGAUUUCAGGUAUGGUUUAGGAACCGGAUUUUCCUUCAGUGUGGGUUUUAUGUUAAGGCAGACCGUAGUUUGGAGAUGCUACUUACAUGCUCUGAAAAAUGGGAAUUCUAAAAAGGACCUUUGUUGGCUUUGCUCUCUGUGUCAGCCUUUCAUAAACAAAAAUAAUAAUCCCCUUCUGAGCAAAGGCUUUUUGUAUCUGUGAUAUUGAAAUGAUAGCCAGCACAUAGCUGUACGUCCUUUACUGCUCCUUAUAUUCUUCCCAUUCCUCAAAAAAAGUUGCUGAAUCUGGAGACAAACAAUAAUUUUCUUUCAGAGAAUUGAUGAUGGUUUAAAGAAGGAAUUGUUCCUCCCACUUUCAUCUCUGGUAAACAGGUUUUAAUUUCCAAUAUGCUAGAGAAGCUGGUUGACUGAUUGGUGGCCACAGAUCUUAACAGUAAGCAGAAAUGUUGACGGGCUUUUUUGUAUUGUAUUAUAUUGAAUUGUUUAAAAGCCUGAAAAACCUGUUCAACCAGAUUUGGCAGUGGGGCGAAAUAAAAAUGUGUGUCAACCAUGUGAACUUAAGCCUCUCUCAAACUAUCAGAUAUUUCCUCACCAGCUUUUAUCCUGCCCAGGAUUUCCUCUGGGGCAAAAUUUGCCAUCUGUUGAAUGGUCACAACAAGUAUGUUGCCUACAAAUUUCCUUAUUUGUGGUAGCUGCCUUGUUUAACAUUUGGCAAAAUUUAGGACUGCUGUAAAUCUCUGUUGGUGGAAUUGGGUACCUGCUACACGUGUACAAAAUAUAAAUUGGAAAACCCUAAAAACUAUUUUUUUGUUCUAGUUUUGUCCCAAAGCAUUUCUGGCUGUCCAUAUGAAACUUUGUAUAACAUUCGGAUGUGCUUUUUAUUAGAAAUUUUAGCAUAUGAAGGUCAAGUUUCUCUGUCCCUCUGAAUGUUGUCAUUUUCAUACUACUCCAAGGGAUGGGAAAUUUGGGGCGCUCUAGAUGUUUCUGGAUUACACCUUCCAUUAUCCGUGGGCAUUGUCCCCACUGCCUGGAACUGAUUCCAGCAGCAUCUGGAACAGCACAUGUUGCCCACUGCUGUUCUAGAUACUCUCCUUAUUCUUUUUUGCCGGUUCUUAGGCAAAUAAAAUAACAUUUCCUCUGGAAAGGUUCUCAGCUAGUUGACUCAUUGUUCAGAUAAAUGUUUGUGCUCUUUGCCACUGUAGAAUUAACAGUGGGCAAGGAAUAUAGAUGCCAUUCUAGCACACUGGUGCUAUUUAUUUGGAAGUUCAGUUUUGAAAUCUUGCUUCUGGAGAACUGUGCGCAGGGCUGAUUGAUUUUUUUAAAAAAAGAUGUGGUGUGUGUGUGUGUAUAAAAUAUAUUAUAUUCUAAAAAAAGACAGUACAGUGGUACCUCGGGUUACAUACACUUCAGGUUACAUACGCUUCAGGUUACAGACUGUGCUAACCCAGAAAUAGUAUCUCGGGUUAAGAACUUUGCUUCAGGAUGAGAACAGAAAUUGUGCAGUGACAGCGCAGCGGCAGCAGGAGGCCCCAUUAGCUAAAGUGGUGCUUUAGGUUAAGAACAGUUUCAGGUUAAGAUCAGACCUGCGGAAUGAAUUAAGUACUUAACCUGAGGUACCACUGUACAGUGGUACCUUGGUUUAAGAACAGUCCUGUUUAAGAAUGUUUUGGUUUAUGAACUCCGCAAAACCGGAAAUAGUGUCCUGGUUUGCGAACUUUACCUUGGUCUAAGAACAGAAUCUGAACAGUGGAUGGGCACUGGUGGUGGGAGGCCUCAUUAGGGAAAGUGAGCCUCAGUUUAAGAAUGGACUUCAGGAACGGAUUAAGUUAGUAAACCGAGGUACCACUGUAGUGUUAAUGCACACUAAAUUCCACGUCGGUGAAUAAGAAUUCCACCGCUGAUGGAAUUAAGUUGCUGAUUAAGUUGUAUUUGGGCAAAUGGUCAAGUCUUCUCUUGGGAUUGCAUAAAAUGAUUUGAUUAUAUAAAUCAUCUUUACUGUCCAAUAGAGGAGUGAUGUAGUAUGUUCACAUCCUGCGUAUUGCCCUUGGCUUACACCCUCUUCCCGUUAUAUUACCCUUUUAAUAUUACUCAUAUAUGACUGGCAUCCCAGUCCACACUCAGAAGUACAAUCUUUGGAGAACACAUGGGGGGUUAUUUCCAAGAAAUAUGUUUAUACAGAAUUUAAGGUCAUUGCUUCAUUCUGUCAGAAAGAACAAAGGGGGGGGAGAGGGGGGUGGAAGCAGCACUGCCAUGUCCCUUGGUUAUGCAAACAUACAGUUUUAACAGCUAUUUCGCAAACGUGAGGUUUAGUCUGUUGGACACACAUCUUUAUAUUCUGCUGAGCUGCAGCUUUCAAAUGGGUAGUGGGGGAAUUAAUCUGUUUGCAGAGGAAUGAUAAUGCCCUGAAAGAGAAGGGUGAUGAAAGAACAGCUGUCAAACGCUGAAAUCUUUUUUAUUUACACAAUCAUGUUUUCAUAUUUCUUUCCGUAGCACAUGGUUAAGGAAUAACUGUGCCUUGAUGCAAUCCAUUUUGAAAUUUGCUGCAUCUUGCAGUCUGAGCGUGAUGGUGCAGAGGCUAAGCCAUGCCUAGAGAUCUAGGAGCUAAUGAUGGAUUGAUUUUAAGAAAUUUAGCUCAACUUCUGGUAUAAUAAUUCUCAAGGCAGGUUCAUAGUUUUAGGGACUGCUUCAGGAUCCAUCACUGUCAUUGGAAGCCUGGGUAGCUUCUGGGACACAGAACACUUUCUACAAGCUUUGGUGCUGGCCCCACUGUCUGGAUGGAGAUAGAUUGACUUCAGUUGACUAUGCUCUGGUAAUUUUGUACCUAGACUACUAUAUUGUGUUAAAUAUGGGGCUGCCUUUGAAAACUGUGCAAGGUUUGGUAGUCAGACUUGUAACCGGGACCAGGAAGUGUGAUCAUGCUGGCCCAUCAGCCACUGGAAUUGGGUCGUUUUCAGGGCCAAAGUCAGAGUGCUGCUUUUAACCUAUAAAGCUUUAGAUGAUUCUUAUGGAGUGCCUUUCCUCAUAUGAACCUCCUCAGAUCCUCUGUUUGUCUUUGGGUUGCCUUCUCUUGGUACCACCAUCAAGAGAGGUCCAAGGGUGGUUACAUGAGAAAGGGCCUUCUUUUUUGCAGUGGCUCCUCGUCUUUGGAAUGCUUUCCCCAGGGCUGUGUGUCUGGCCCCAAGUCUAACAUCUUUCUGUUACUGAGCUAAGAAUUUUUGUGUACACCCCAACCAUUUGGAUGGUGAUCUCUGUCUCUUGCUCACUCGGUGUAUGGUUUUUAGCUGUUUGCUGUUUAAUGGUGAUAAUCUUAUGGUGGCCUCUCUGUACUUGAGGGCAAUGUCUAGUGUGAUCACUUUUAGUUAUCAUUCUUAUAUGUUUACUACAGUGGUAACUCAGGUUAAGUACUUAAUUUGUUCUGGAGGUCCGUACUUAACCUGAAACUGUUCUUAACCUGAAGCACCACUUUAGCUAAUGGGGCCUCCCACUGCUGCCAUGCCGCCAGAGCACAAUUUCUGUUCUCAUCCUGAAGCAAAGUUCUUAACCCAAGGUAAUAUUUCUGGGUUAGCGGAGUCUGUAACCUGAAGCGUAUGUAACCUGAAGCGUAUGUAACCCGAGGUACCAUUGUAUUCAGUUUUUGAUUUUUUUAAAAAAUGAUUGAACUAUACUUAUUGCUGGACUUUCCUUGUUAAGGCAGGUGUGUCUCUCAGUAUUCAGGAGGAACCAUUGCUCAGUGGCAGAGUGCAUCUUUUGCAUGAAGAAGGGCAUCUCUAGUUAGAAGGACUGAGCUGAAGGUUUAAAAGGACAGUCUCCAGACCUAACACUCUGGACAGAGCUACUUUCAGAAUAGACAAUGUUGGUUUAGAUAGACAAAUAGUCUGAUCUGGUAUAAAGCAGCUUCUUGUGUAUCUCCACCACACAGUGACAGGCCAAGAGUGGCUCAGCACUGGCUGAAAUGCUUCCAAGUCAGACUGAGAAGGGCUUUUCUCAAGUCUGAUGCCCACUGGAUAGGUUGCGUGAAUCAACACUAAGCUCAGCUGGAAUCUGUCCUGUUUCCAGCUAUAUGCUACUACAGGCUGAAGUGGUUUCUCAAUGCAGGCUGGUGGUUGGUCUGAGAAGCUUUUCCCGACCAGCACUUUGCUGCAAAAACAGAUAUGACCCCCUUCCUCCACCCAAAUGGAUUGGUUUCAUAAUGAACCAUAGACCAGCUUUGAUAAAGCUUCCUUAGUCUUGUGUAUAAAAGAGUAUCAUGUAUGUAUGUUGAGACAUUACAACCCUUUUUGGUUGAGAUGACAUGUAGACUCAAUGUGCACCCCAACCUACUCAUGCUAAGUGUACUGUCUGAACAGGCCCUACACACAUUCAGAUUGUCAGUGUGUAGGCUUAUCUGUGUGAAUGGGGCCAAGGCAAUAUGCAUACAGUUCUUACACCUUCUGCCACCCAAAUUAUUCACUUCUGUCAUUGCUCUGACCAUGUGACACCCUUCCUUAAAUCCUUACACUGGCUACUUGUCUAUUCCUGGAUCCUAUAUGAAUUUCUUUACCUAUUUACUCUUAUAACUUGUCACAUUCUUUCAUGUGACCUUUGAGCAUCCCAUUUCGACCAACCAUCCAAAAAUAUCCACCCUUUCAACCCAAGAUGGUGCCACCGAUGCAGGUGCCAAAGGUGUGUUUAGACAAUAGACGUAAGGUAGCCAAAAUGGUGUCUCCCAGAUGUUGUAUUACAGUCCCCAUCAACCCCAAUCAGCAUGGCUAUAGGUCAGGGAUAGUAGGAACUGUAGUCAAGCAACAUCUGGAGGCCAACACAUUGGCCACUUCUGCAAUAGACUAAACACGCACAACCUGAGGACAAGGACAAUAGAUGCUAUCCUGAGCCAGAUGCACACUGCAGAUCAUGGGGUCCAGAAAGGCUUUUAUUAUGUCAGAUGUUUAGCAGUCCCUUCAGCUUCUUUAGCACAACACUGAUAAGCACAACUGUGCAUCUGAACCUGUUUUAACUCUUUGAUUCCAUACACCGAGUGACACAGAUUAAUUUAGUAUAAUUGCAUAGCUGUCAACUUUUCCCUUUUCUUGUGAGGAAUCCUAUUUGGAAUAAGGGGAUUUCCCUUAAAAAAAGGGAAAAGUUGACAGCUAUGUAAUUGAGGGGUAACUCCUGAUGCAGGCCUUUUGCACCAUAUAUUCUACAUCAGCCACAGCAAAAUUGUAAAAAUGCAUUUUGCUAAAUAUAUAAAGCAUCAAAAAGGCAAGGGGGUUAGCAUUAGAUCUUCUGAAGUUCCAGUUCUCUUUGACUCUUGCAAAACGUUAAUUCUGAGCCAUUGAAACAAUCCAAAACAUCUCCCCUGUGGAUUUUGCCCCUUAAAGAGGAGGCAAAAGGGUGGGGGGAGCGGAGCAAAAAGGGAAAAGAACAUAGGUUACAUUCAGCUAGAAGCACUUCUUAAAUAAUUAAAUUUCCUUUCAUAAACAAUGGCUUCGAUUAUGUGAGUAAUAUUUACAGAACUAAAAAAAUGUUUCUCAAAACCCAGCACUUAAGUAAAGACUUCGAAGUACCUUACAAGCCCAUAAACACCGCGGGGUUCUCCCAACUCCUGAUUUUGUAUUUUGGUGUUCAUUUCCUUCCAUUGAAUUAUUGGCCCAAUAUUUGCUGGGCCUUGGAAUUUAAUCCCCUCCAGUUCAACUUCAAGUGAAUGUAGUUCUUGUCAGAAAUGCCAGAUUAACAAAUGGGUGUCAAUUCCACCGUUAACCCAGGCAGCCUAAAUUUCAAACUAGUCCCAGCAACAUGCCUGGAACUCUAGCCCAUAUUUGCCUGAGUUUAAGGCCUACUGAAAUCAGUAGAACUUCCUUCUGCGCAAGCAUAGGCCUUUUUGAAAAGUGACAUUUGAAUCAGAUUUUCAGUUCCCUGCAUUUGUCUUUCAAAUGAUCUAUGUUGGUUGGAAUGUAGAUUUUGGCUUUGUUUUUAAAAUGGUCUCUCUUGCUUUCAUAUUAAUAACUUCAGUAGAGAUGUUUUGCUUGGGAGUCUAGAUAUAUAUAUAUAUAUAAUGUCAUUGUUCACAGGGGUAGUAACAUAACAGUAGAGGGACCUUUUAUUAUUUAAUAGGGUACAGUGUAAUGGGACAUGUGUGGUAAAUAAAUUUUAACUAUCACUUUAAAAAAUUCCAAAGAACUCAAGGUGGUAUACAUGGCUUUCCCCUUCUUCAUUUUUAUCCUCACAACAAGCCUGUGCGGUAGGUUAGGCCAAGAGACAGUGACAGCCCCAAGGACACCAGUGCACCUCCUGGCUGAGUGGGGAUUUGAAUUGCUCCCCCAAGCCUCAUUCCAACACCCUGUUAUGCCAUAUAUCCAUAUAUGCCACAUGGCAAACUGAUUUUGGCAUUCAGGUGUUUAAAAGGGAAAAAAAAGUGUACUUGGGAUGGAAGUAUCCUGUUUUAAGAGAGUAUCUCCUUCUGGAUCUCUAGAAGACACCAAUAAGAUCCAGUGUGGUGGUUAGAGAGAGGACUUGCAGGGGGGAAAUCAAAGUUCAAAUCGGUGUCCCAAUUCAGAUGGUUUUGCGUCCAUCACCCUUUUGGGGGCAAGGACUGGGCUUAUGAUAUGGUUCACAUCCAUUGAACUGCCACCACGUGCAGUUCUACUGUGACAAUUUGUGAAAUCGCAGCAGCCCUUCACCCCUCCCACUGAAUUGCACCAGAGCCCAAAAGGGUCCGGACAAGGAGUAAAUGAGGAUUAAGUUUCAGUGGUGUAGCGUGGGGGGUGCAGGGGGGGCCGGCCGCACUGGGCGCAACAUCUGGGGGGGGGGGCGCUCGCACUCGCAGCUCUCUGCCCCUACCUGGCUCACUCACUCUCUCUCACUGCAGUGCUGGCUGUGCGAAUCCAAUCCGAGCCGCUGGGUCGCCGCCCACUGUGGAGGGUGUGGGUGCCAGGCGUGCGGUGCGGAGAGAGAGCGAGGGACUAUCUGGGGGAGGGACAGUGCAGCGGCCGCCCAGCGCAGCGCUGAGCGUGGGAGAGAACCACACCAGACCAGACCAGGCAGCAGCAAGAAGAAGCUGGCAGCGGCGGCAGGUUAGGGGUUAGGGGGCACAAAUUACUUGCCUUGCCCCGGGUUAGGGGGCGCAAAUUACUUGCCUUGCCCCGGGUGCUGACAACCCACGCUACGCCGCUGUUAAGUUUAUCUGCAGAGACACCUCUAAGGAGAGAAUGAGAUAACCUCACAUAAGCCACCCUGAAAUCCUUGAAGAAAGGAUACAAUACAAACAUGUUAAACAAAAUAUUUACACACUUCUCUCUAUUCAGUUAAAUUACAGAGGAUUCUAAUGGUUUCCAGAGGGGUCGCUAGUUGUAUUAAUCGGUUGCAACAAAAACGGUAGAGAAUAUUGUGGCAUCGCUAGCUUUUAAGGCAACCCAAUACUCUUUGCUGUUUUUACAGUGACUUGGUGUCAGAGCAGUGCCUGAUGACCUGCAACUGUAGAUUGCCCAAGCUGUGGAUUUCGUUCUUUAAAUUCCCAUAAAUUUGGAAUUUUAAAAUGUCUGCUGUCUCUCCUCAGUAGAAUGAUAGCAGGAUUGGGCCUGAAGUUGUUAACUGCUCUCCAUGGGUGUUUGUGCAAGCUGGUGGUCCAGGUGUCUGUUUGUAUAAAGAAGGGAGAGGCAACUCUGUCUCUGUAGGAAUUCACAGUGAAUGACACUUUACUUAAAUAAAAGAAGUUUGUUCUUUAAAUGACAGAAUGCCUCCUGUCCUCAAGACAAGAUCACACACACACACACACACACACACACAGAGAGAGAGAGAGAGAGAGAGAGAGAGAGAUUUGUUCUUUUUUGUCUGUGUUUUUUAAUACUUUAUUUCUCCAGGAAUGAAGCCUUAAAAUACAAGGGCUGGAUUUAAUGAUCAGUGUUGUUGUUGUUGUUGUUUUUUGGGGGGAGGUUCCACCAGAACGUUCUCCAGCAAGAAUUCCAUAGAAAUGGGCUUGGCAGUGCUCCUGCGCCGCUUACUUUAAUUCCAGUGUGGCUUGUGCAAGAGAACUUCAAUGAGCACAGCAAUCGGAUGUAAAUUUGGUAGUCCCUGUUCAAGAAAGUAUGUAAACAUCAUCUUAGGGUGUUUCACCAAGUGAUUAUAUGAAUGCCUUUUGCUUUGGUGUGUGUUUUGAAAGCAAGCUAGAAAGCAGAAGGCACUGUAAAAUCAAAUAUCCUUUCUUUUUUUCUUAUUGAAUACUAUAAUUUUAUUUUACAGUUUAUUGUUAUAUUUUGAAUUAGAUAUAUAUGGGGCACCAUUUUUUUUUAAAAAAAGAAUAUAUAUUAAAGAUUUCUUGGUUUACAAAAGUUAUGUGCAAUGUCUCUUUUUUCAAGUUGCAUUUUCUACAGAUCAAAUAUGCUUUCUAGUUAAUGAAGGAUUUUCGUUCAACAGGGUUCCCCAGUAGGUAUGGUUAAAAUCAAAACUUAAAAGAUGUCAAUUGGAUUAAACCAUCCUCCAAGUAAAUGAAAUAGAAACAAGCCCAGCAACAGUAAACAGCAUAGCCCACUCAAAAACACAACAAGUGUACCACUUAUAUUUUUGGAAGUAAUUUUGCAGCAUUAAGAAGCUUGCAGUAGUUGUUAUGAGGUGAAAGAAACAAGAUAGUAUUUACACUGUAAAGAUGUACCUAAAAGCCAUUGGAUUUUUAAGUCUGGCUGUUCACCACAUCCUGGAAAGUUGAAGUGGCACCUCUGAAGCCAACAUUAUGAUGUUAGUUGAUAAUUUAAAAAACUAAGAGCUGGUCCAGGGCAUUCUGCUUCAUGAGGAAAAACAGUAGAAAUGUUUCCCCUCCCCACAAACCUCUCACUCAAAGUACCUGGGACCUGAGGCAGAGAAUCCCACUAGUGCCUCUCCCCGUUCUAAGCAGUAAAAAUAUAAUACAACCAUUUAAUAGCUUAACAAUUACCUGUCUUUUCAUGACACCUCAAGUCUGCCGCCUGAGGCCAUUGCCUCACUCUGCCUAAUGGCAGGGCUGCCCCCGUUUUUUAAAAUCCAUGUGUUUAUUCUUUUUCAGUAAUUGUUAUUAUUUCCUCUCCUCUCUUUCAGGCACCAAGUUGUCUCCCCACUGUUGGAAGUUUUGUCUCUGCACCAACAAUGGCGCCUUAUCCCACGGCAGCGCAAGUCUCUCCGUACAUGGCAUAUAGUGCCGCUCCUUCUGGUUACGUAGCUGGCCAUGGCUGGCAGCAUGCUGGAGGCACUCCGCUAUCGCCCCACAACUGUGACAUCCCUGCGUCGCUGGCUUUCAAGGGUAUGCAGACAGCCAGAGAAGGUAGUCACUCUGUCACAGCCUCUGCACUCUGAUAUCAGAAACAGGGCAGAACAAUUUGAAGCCAGCCCAGCCCAGUCACUUUCCCUGUAAUUCCUUCUCACAGAUGAACCUUAUGGGGCUGCUGACAUUUGAAAUAUUUUUCCCUUCAUUAGUAAUAAUAAUAAUAAUCAUCAUCAUCAUCCUUGGGGUUCAGUAAGUGUAAAUAACCUAAGAAAGUGAUAAAUGUAUUGCUGCCCCUUGCACUGUUUUGCAUCGAGAAGACCUUACAACCCUCAGAGGGCUAUUCAUUGGUGAAACCACACAUAUUUAUUCUAAGCAACAGGAGUGUCUCAAAUGUGCAAUUGUUUCAGAUUUGUGAAAACCCAGUCAAGGAAAACCAGUAGAUAAUGCUACGAUCCUAACUAAGAAAGGCGACCAAAACCAGAAGUUCUCUUCUGGAUCGCUCAAUCGUUCUUUUUUCCGCAAAAUAAAUAAAUAAAUUGUAUGGACAAGUGGAUAAGAGUUUUGGUGAACAGACAGUUGACUUCUUCUAGUAACAAACAAGAAAAGUAAAUGAAUACAUGGCUCUGUUAUUUAUCCUGUAUUUUAUUGUGAUUACAAAGGCAAUUUAACUUUUGUUUUCUAUCUGUAAAUAAGGACCUUGGUCAUAAUUUGCGUUCCCACUACUCGACUCAUUUCUGUUUUCUUUUUGUUGCCUGAAAGGCGACAUCCUAGCCAUGUGUUGUUUUCGUUUCUUAACAAUGGCCUUUACCUUAAACGAUCCAAAUUUUGACAGUUGUUUUGAGUAUAUUUUGGGCACAGGGUGGAGACACCUGCAUCUCAUGAAAAGCAUUUUUGUUUCUACAGCAGAGAACUUAACGUGACCCCCUCAAAUCCCUGUGGGUUGGUUUCAGAGUGUCCAUUCUGCACUUUCCAUUUGCAGAAGAGAUUAAGAUCCAAAAAAGGUCUGCUGUACAACGAGAGGGGAAAGUAAUUUUCUCCAAUUUCCUCUCCCCUACAGCAUCUCACACUGUUUCAGAGGGUCUCUGCAACCCUCUGUAGUGACCUUUCAAGGGCCAUGGGGGAAAUUAGCAAAAAUGCCCCCCCUCCCCAUCCAGCAGAAUUGUUCUGUGUUCUGCUCACACAGACUCUGGAUCCAACCCACUGAUUACAAUAGCACUUGAGUGUGACUUAUGUUCUCUGGAUUACGGCUGAGAAAAUUCCUCCAUAUGGUACCCAAUCUUCUGAAAUCAUGGUAUCAUCACUCUAAUAUAAAGAUUCAUGGAUGGGAAGGACCUGAACAGAAUGGGAGCUUGCAUUUAAUGUGAAAUUUUGUGCAGAUAUUUUUUUUAAAUAAGCCAAGGGCACAAUCCACCACGAUGUUCUCCUGCCCAAGCAUGGUAGAGUACUAGUGCACCUCCCAUUCAUUUCAAUGGGUGCUUGUGCAGGAGGUGGGUGAGUUAUGCCCCAUGUUAACCACUGUGAAAGAAAACUGUACUGUAAAUUGUCAGCUUACCUGUGUUCAGCAAUUCCAGCCCAAAACUUUGUUGUCAUUUUAAAAAAGGAAAAUGAGAAAAGUUGUCUUAAAUUCGUGCUUUAUUGAAUGUAAAAAAAGGAAAGACUUUCGGUAAAGUUUACAAUGUUGUACAUAAGCAUGUUUCAUUCAUAGGCAUAUUGGUGGCGGUACUACAGAUAUUAUUUAUAAUGUUAACAAAAUUCCAUUUUUGCAUUUCUGUAUUCUUUAUCAAGCAUCAUUUCACGGCCUUUUGGAUCCCAAUUGCUCUCUUUUACUCUUUCCCCUUAACAGUAUAAUCUUUUCAAGAUGGCCUGUUUUCCUUGGACAAUAAUAAAGUUGUGAAUAUAGUUUCGGAAAGCCUCCUCGAGCUUGCAGAUGCGUGCUGAAGAUUAACCAUGAAAAGGAACGAUUUGAAAAUUGACAUGAUAUUUCCUCGCAUUAUAAAAUAUUAAUAUAUUAUGUAUUUUUGUAAGUCUAGUGCAAUAAUGUAAAGACACAUCAUUCAAUACAGAUUUUGAAAGACUUCUUUAAUAAAAUUAUCUCCGUUUCUUCCUAGCCAUGCUACAUAUACUGCUGAAACAGCAAGAUAAGAUCCUGUCUCUUUUAUGAGAAUUUCAUGCUUUUGUUUCAAAAUGCCAACAAAGGUAGAUUUCUAAGGCACUGCAAAGAAAAUAAUAUGUGAUGUCAUGCCGAUACUUCCUGGGAAACUUUCCAAAACAUUUUCCUACUGCAAUCAUUUAGUCAAAUGUUGAAUUGAGAAUAUUGGUGAGAUAUAAUCAGCUUGAGCAAACAGUCUCCGGGUCACAAUUUUCUUCUGGCACACAACAGAACUGACUGACCAGGAACUAACUGCAAGUCUGCUUGAAAUGAAUGAAGGGUGUGCGGUUGUUGUGUUUGAUGCGCUGUGUGUGUGUUACCCUUGGAUCAUGGGUCAGUAUUCAUUUUGGCUACAAUCUUAGUGCAGCCAGCAGAACAGCUCUGUUGAUCUGGGCUCUCUCAAGCCACCUUGAAUGAGUUUCACUCAAAAAGGCAGCGUAUGAAUAUUUCAAAACAAAGGAUGACAUCCAAGAAUGUCUGCCAGUUGGCACAAGGGAAGUCUGCUUGCGUGAUGGGACCUCCAGUUUCUCAACUCCCCAGUGCCCCCAAAUCUGCUUCAGAGGGUCUCCUGAACAUCCAGAUAACCAUGUGAGGUGUGGGGGUAGGAGAGGAAGGAGAAGUCCAGCUGUAGAAGUGGAAGCCUGCUUGUGUGACACAGGAUCUUGCCCAAAUACUCAGGAAUAAGUGAUUUGGAUUGCAAUCUUAUGCACGUUUGUUGUUUAGUCAUGUCCAACUCUUCGUGACCCCAUGGACCAGAGCACGCCAGGCACUCCUGUCUUCCACUGCCUCCCGCAGUUUGGUCAGACUCAUGUUUGUAGCUUUGAGAACACUGUCCAACCAUCUUGUCCUCUGUCUUCCCCUUCUCCUUGUGCCCUCCAUUUUCCCCAACAUCGGGGUCUUUUCCAGGGAGUCUUCUCUUCUCAUGAGGUGGCCAAAGUAUUGGAGCCUCAGCUUCACAAUCUGUCCUUCCAGUGAGCACUCAGGGCUGAUUUCCUUAAGAAUGGAUAGGUUUGAUCUUCUUGCAGUCUAUGGGACUCUCAAGAACAGGGGUCGGCAAGCUUUACCGGCCGUGGGCUGGAUCACUCCCACGGAGAUUGUCCGUGGGCCGGACUGGUGCAGUGUGAUGCCGAAAAUCACAUCUGCGCAUGUCAGCGGUGCCGAAAAUCGUGCCUGCACAUGCCCAGAUGCCAAAGUGAUUUUCGGCAUCUGGACACGCGCAGACGCCAUUUCUGGUAUCUGCGCAUGUGCAGAAGCCAUUUCCGGUGCCACUCAGCAAGUCGCCGCACUGCUUUAGCGCAGUGGGGGGGGGGGACUUGCCGAGUGGGUGGCUUGGUUUGCGGGCGGCUUGUGGGCCAGUAAAACGGUCUUUGUGGGCCGCAUCUGGCCCAUGGGCCGCACGUUGCCGACCCCUGCUCAAGAGUCUCCUCCAGCACCAUAAUUCAAAAGAAGCUAUGAGCUAUGCCGUGCAGGGCUACCCAAGGUGGACAGGUCACAGUGGAGAGUUUUGACUAAACGUGAUCCACCUGGAGCAGGAACCGGCAAGCCACUCCAGUAUCCCUGCCAAGAAAACUUCAUGGACAAAAACAACAGGCAUAUGCACGUUUACUUGUGUAUAAAUCAUAAUGAAUACAGUAAAUCUUACUUCUGAAUACAGUGGUACCUCUGGAUGCGAACGGGAUCCGUUCUGGAGCCCCUUUUGCAUCCUGAGCAGAACGCAAACCGCAUCUGCGGGUCGUGAUUCGCCGCUUCUGCGCAUGUGCGUGAUGUCAUGUUGAGUGUCUGCACAUGCAUGAGCGGUGAAACCCAGAAGUAACCCAUUCCGUUACUUCCGGGUCGCCGCGGAACACAACCUGAAAACGCUCAGGCUGAAGCGUCUUUAACCCGAGGUAUGACUGUAAUCCUGUAUAGGAUUGUGCUGCUAAAGACUAAAAUGGGGCUGCAGGAGCAGCCGGCAGGGGAGGGCAGCACCUGUCAUCCCUGCACACCUGCAGCUGGAAGAAGAGCAGAUAUAAUAAACACGCCCACAUUGCACCCUAGGCUAAGGUUACCAGACGUCCUCAUUUCCCGGGAACAGUCCCCGGAUUUACAAAUCAGUCCCCUGACAAAAUCCAUCUAUUUAGUAGGAAGUUGAAUAGUGUCCCCGGAUUCAUUGAAAAAAAUCUGGUAACCUUACCCUAGGCAUGUAAGCCUAAUUUCACAGAAUCCUUUUUGUUGAAAACAGUGCAAAAAGCACUUGCCUGGGUAUCCAUUUCUUCACCAUGUGGAUCAGAGUCUAGAAGUUAAACACACUAAUCCUGAGAUCGCCCCCCUCCCCCAUCUUUCACACAGCUCAUAUCGAUUCUAUGAAAAAUCCUAUUUUGUGAAGAGGAAGAAAAAUACUAGGAAAAAGAAAGAAGCCUAUUUGUAUACAGUGUGACAGUUUCUCCUUGCCUCUACUCUCCUUGUCUCUAUUUAAUUUUAAUUCUUUUUUUAAAAAAGAAAGGUGAAGUUGUUGUGCUUUUAAAAAAAACAAAAACCCAGGAUUAUGCAAUGAAUAAUACAAUGCUUAAAUCAAGUAAAUUUACACACAUGCAUCAAUGAUGUUGACUCUCUCACCAAGAUUGCAACUGGGGGGGCACUACAUUAACAAUCCCAUCUUAAAUUAAGUAAAUAAUUUGCUUGGGUUCAUGUGGAAUCCAAGUUCAUAGGGAGCAGCAUUUUACAUAGCUGUGACAUGUUAGCAUGACCACAGCAAAGCUGGGGAUAGCAAGGAACAAGGUGAAACCAUUUUGGUUUUUUUAACAAAAGCAUGUAUUACAAAUAUCAAAGCGCUUGUAGUCAACAUUUUAUUUUCCUGAACAAAUAAUCUUUUUUCUGAAUGUCCCAUGAAGUAUGAGUGUCUCUAAAUAAUAGUUAAACAAUUAUGCUUGUGGAAAUAUGAAUUAAUGGCACAGGUUGUUGACACAGUCUUCAUCCUUUAAGGGAAGGUCAGACCUUGAUAACUUUAUACCUGCUGGUUUGUACGUGGGAGGAUAUUAAUAGGCUAGUUGUUGAAAAUAAUGCUGUUCGAAGUACAGGAAUCAGUCAAUGGAGCCCAUUGAACAACGUACUGUUGGGGUUUUUUCUGGCUCUUUAAAAGUUCUUCAUUUAUGUUAUUAUAAAGUAUUUACAUUUGUCUAAGAACAUGUAAGACAUGCAUAGGAGGCAAAGUGCAAGAUGACAUUAUGUAGCUGAGCUCUCUUUUAUAUGAAUUUCGGACCCAUUUAUCAGAGCAGAGGAUUUAAAUAAGAGAGGUCCCACUGACAUUGUUUCAGGUAUUGAUCUUCCAAUUACUCUAAAAUGGGGAAGGGAAAAAGAAAUGACUUCAGCCUUUUAAAGCAAUUUUUAUUCUAUAAAAGCCUACACUAAUUACAGUUGCACAAAUAAUUCCUUAUGAUCCAGACCUGCAAAAGCUUUCACCCUGAUCCUUCACACAGUCCUUGGAAGAAGUCCCAUUAUCUUCAGUGGAAUGCAUUUCCAAGCAAGUGCCUUAGGAUUGGCCUCUUGUCCUGACUCAAAACACAUUCACUUCAAUAAGGGCUUCCCCCCCAGCCAGAACUCACUGGAACUCAGUUCCAGCACCCCUCAUUGGUGAGUUCUGGCACCCUUUCCCCCCUAGAAAAACAGCACUGACUUUAAUUCAAGAAACUGUACAAGAGACAGACAGCAAUGUGACUUGAUAGCAGCAUCUUUACUUGCAAUCUACACUUAUGAGUUCUGCUCAAAAAAAUCUUGCAGGGUCUUUAAAGCACUAACAUCCACACCCACCCACCCUGUUUCAGCCCAAGAUAUUAGUGCACAUUGCUGAUACAGAUAAAUAUCUAGAUGUACAGCUACACUGCAACACUCACCUGAGCCCUGUUUGACUGCCUCAGAGCAUCUCUGACGCAAAGGAGGAAUGAACAUCUGUAUCCAGGGGUCAGUAGUUGCCCCCCAACUACCGCUGGAUCAGGGUCAGAAAUGAUAGCUAGGACGUGGGACACCUCACAGGCAAUGUCUUCCACAUCAUUUUCCACUCUGAAAAUGCAAUUGUGGUGCAGAGCUCAGGAAGGAUUAAACACAGUGCCUUUGGGAUAGGCAUGGGUAUUAGGGAGGCCUAGUGUUCCUGUUGUUCCUGCCCACUACCAUCUUGCCUAAUAGCUUCUCGCAGCAUGGAUUACUAGAUGGAGGGCAGGGACUACCAGCCAGCAUGAUGUCUCUGAGUACCUUUCCCUGCAUGAUGCCUCUGAGUACCAGUUGCUGGAAAUUGAAGGUGGGCAAGAUGCCCCGUGACGGGUGAGCUCCCGUUGCUCAGUCCCUGCUCCUGCCAACCUAGCAGUUUGAAAGCACGCCAAAGUGCAAGUAGAUAAAUAGGUACCACUCCAGCGGGAAGGUAAGCGGUGUUUCCGUGUGCUGCUCUGGUUCGCCAGGAGCGGCUUAGUCAUGCUGGCCACAUGACCCGGAAGCUGUACACCGGCUCCCUCGGCCAAUAAAGCAAGAUGAGCGCCGCAACCCCAGAGUCAGUCACGACUGGACCUAACGGUUAGGGGUCCCUUUACCUUUACCUUUAAGAUGCUCUCGUGCUCAUGCCUAAAUUGCAUGCUUCCCACAGGUGUUUGGUCAGCCACCAUGAGAACAGGAUGCUGGUCUACAUGGGCCAUUGGCCUGAUCCAGCAGUCUCUUCUUAUCUGUGAAUUUUAACUCUGAAGCUUCUCACAUCUGCUUUUUAGGAUAGAGGGACUACCGAUACUGCACCAUCAUUCUUUUUGUACACGAUUUAUGCUGGUGGUUGCUGAAUAUGGGUUUCCCCCUUGCUUCCAGUUGGCUUUGGAUCAGCUGUUUUUCCACACACAGAACACAUUAUUUGGAUUGGGGGAAAUCCCAUUGAAAUCAAUGGGACUUACUGCUAAAGCACCCAACUGAGACCAACGUGUUAUAUUUUUACACUGUGGUAGAAAUAAGCUGUCGUUAUAAAUGAAAAUUGGAGAUCAUAUUUGGCAAAAAGGUUGGGUUGUAGACAAAAAAACAGAACUUCAUAGCUAUUUAAAAAAAACAUGUAUUUGGAGGAGGUUUUGCUUUUAAUUAAAGAUUGGGCUGAAGAUGUAAUUAAAAACAUGUUGGAAACAAUGUAUACCAGAAGGCUAUGUGUGUAUAUAAAGUAUGUAUAAAGCCUUUUAUUUUUAUAUCUUGAAUGCUCUAAAUUAAUAAAGAAAAGAAUUAACU